GGGCUCCGGGACCUUCGCUGCCGGCUGCGUCGUGAUCGAGGUGCUCGGCGUCGCGCUCUUCCUCCGGGGCUUCUUCCCGACUCCCGUCUUUUCCGGAGCGGAGCGGCAAGCAGAGUCCCCGGCGCCCGAACCCUCUGCUGCAACUUCGUGGCCAGCACCACUACCAGCCCCACUAAGAUCUCCGCCCCUGAUCACCGCAAAGGAAGCUCUCUGUACCCGUAGAAAGUAAGAUUCUCCCCAGCUGUACUCAUCCAGUGAGCCCCAGCCCCCUUCCCUGAGCAGAUGUUUGGGCCACUCCCUGUUCCAGGCAUCCUUUUUGCUCAGUAAGACACAGCAGGAGCCAGUUCCAACUGGACCGAGCUUCCACCACCUCUCUUCAGUAAAGUUGUUAUUAUGCUGAUAGACGCCUUGAGAGAUGAUUUUGUGUUUGGGUCAAAGGGUGUGAAAUUUAUGCCCUACACAACUUAUCUUGUGGAAAAGGGAUCAUCUCUCAGUUUUGUGGCUGAAGCAAAGCCACCAACAGUUACUAUGCCUCGAAUCAAGGCGCUGCUGACAGGGAGCCUCCCUGGCUUCAUCGAUGUCGUCAGGAACCUCAAUUCUCCCACAUUGCUGGAAGACAAUGUGGUCACACGAGCCAAAGCUGCUGGGAAAAGAAUCAUCUUUUAUGGAGAUGAAACAUGGGUGAAAUUAUUCCCGAAGCAUUUUGUGGAAUACGACGGAACAACCUCUUUUUUUGUAUCAGAUUAUACAGAGGUGGAUAAUAAUGUUACAAGGCAUUUGGAUAAAGUACUAAAAAGGCAGGAUUGGGAUGUGUUAAUCCUGCACUACCUCGGGCUGGACCACAUCGGCCACAUUUCUGGGCCCAACAGCCCCCUGAUUGGGCACAAGCUCAGUGAGAUGGACAGCAUCCUGAUGAAGAUCCACACCUCACUGCUGUCAGAGGAGAGAGAUACUCUGUUGCCCAGUCUGCUGGUUCUCUCUGGUGAUCAUGGCAUGUCUGAAGCUGGAGGUCAUGGAGCCUCUUCCAUGGAGGAAGUAAACACUGCUCUGGUCUUAAUUAGCUCUGCAUUUGAAAGGAAACCUGGUAGAGCAAAUGAGACAACGACACCUGCAGUCGGCCCUCCCUGUAUCCCUGUCAACAGAUGGUGCCAUUCACACAGUUCUUCAGGUGAUGUCAGACAUCCAACGCACGUUCAACAGACUGAUUUGGCUGCAACACUCUCAAUAGGACUGGGUCUGCCAAUUCCGAAGAGCAAUAUUGGCAGUCUUAUGUUCCCAGUUGUAGAAGGAAGACCAAUGCGGGAACAGCUGAGGUUUUUACAUUUAAAUACAGUACAGCUUAGCAAGUUGUUGCAGGAGAAUGUCCCAUCAUAUGAAAAAGAGCCUGGAUUUGAGCAGUUUAAAGUGUCGGAAAGAUUGCACGGGAACUGGAUCAGAUUGUACUUGGAGGAGAAUAACUCAGAAGUCCUUUUCAACCUGGGAGCCAGGGUUCGCAGGCAGUACUUGGACGCACUGAGGACACUGAGGCUGUCGCUGAGCAAACGAGCGGCCCAGUACGACAUCUACUCCAUGGCGGCGGGGACCGUCAUGGUCCUGGAGGUCCUCGCCCUGCUCCUGCUCAGUGUCCCGCAGGCGCUGGGCAGCAGGGCUGAGCUGGACGUGCCCCUGCUGUCGCCCGUGUGCUCGCUGCUCUUCUACCUGCUGCUCCUGGCCCUCGCGGCGCUGCACAUCGCCGUGUGCACGGCGGCCGACAGCUCGUGCUACCUCUGCAGCCUCCCGUGGCCGGCUGCGGGCGGCGUGAUGGCGCUGACGGCCGCACUGCUCUGUGCGGUCGUGUCUGCUCUCACCAGGACUUUUGCCGGCGGAAAGUGUCUGAGUCAGAAUCCACCUCAGUCCACCUCAAGGUGGUCAGAGUUAGAUCUUCUCAGCUUCUUGGGAACCGUGGGCCAUGUGUUGAGUCUGGGCGCAAGCAGCUUCAUCGAAGAGGAGCACCAGACCUGGUAUUUCCUCAUCAACACGCUGUGUUUAGCUCUGUGCCACCAGAUCUACAGAAACUGCUUUCUGGGAGACGACUGUGCCCCUCAGCGUUGCCCACACAUGGGAGAGGAGUUUGACGGGGUCACGGUGGCCCUGCAGGGCAAGCGUGCUGGCCGUGAGGGGUGGGAGCUCAGCCGAGCGCCCGCGGACCCCUCCUCCCUGGAAGCCCUCAGAGGCCCUGAGCGGUGGAUGGUGCUGGCGAGCCCCUGGCUGGUCCUGGCCUGCUGCCGGCUGCUGCGGUCCCUGAACCAGACCGGUGUGCAGUGGGCCCACCGGCCCGACCUGGGGCACUGGCUCACCAGCUCUGAUCAUAAGGCUGAACUCUCCGUUCUGGCUGUACUUUCCCUCGCCAUGAUUUUUGUGUUGGUUCAGAAGAGGUGCUCCCUCACAUCAAAAGUGGCCAUGGCGUUUGGCCUGCUGGGCAUCUAUUGCUACCGGGCGGCCAUUGGAAAUGUGCUGUUCCCAUGGAAACAAGACAACAAAGAUGUUUCAAAGGGCAUUACUGAGGCUCGUUUUGUUUAUGUCUUUGUCCUUGGCAUUCUGUUCACGGGCACCAAAGACUUGCUUAAAUCUCAAAUCAUUGCUGCAGACUUCACGGCCAGGACUGUGGGCCUUUGGGAGAUACACAGUGGUUUAGUUCUCCUGGCAGCGCUGCUCCUCAGACCCCACAAUCUUCCUGUCUUGGUGCUGAGCCUCGCGAUCCAGACCAUCAUGACUCAGUUCAUCUGGAGGCCCCUGAGGCACAACGUAACUGAGGUCACUGUGAUGCAUUACUGGUUUGGUCAAGCAUUCUUCUAUUUUCAGGGAAACUCCAACAGCAUCGCCACUGUGGACAUCUCAGCAGGCUUCGUGGGCCUGGAUGCCUACAUGGAGAUCCCAGCCAUGUUCCUGACGGCAUUUGCGACAUACUCGGGGCCUGUGCUGUGGGCCAGCCACCUGGUGAACUUUCUGACCUCAGAAGCCAGCAGCGGCUCGGCACUCAGUCGUGCUUGCUUCUGCUACGCGCUCAUCUGUUCUACUCCAGUUUCUGUGUAUAUCAUUUUGGUGACAUCCCUGCGUUAUCACUUAUUUAUAUGGAGUGUGUUUUCUCCAAAACUUCUCUAUGAGGGAACGCGUCUGCUCAUCACAGCUACUGUCUGUAUAUUCUUCACUGCCAUGGAUCAAACCAACACGAAGUCUUAGACUGAGCUAUCAAGACACUGGAAAAAUUAUAUAUUUUUAAACUCUUUUGUUUACUUCAUGGGUUUGUGUCAUGAAGGAUAUCUGUUUAAAUGCAAGAUUAUUCUUUUUAAAAAAAGAUGUGAAUUCUAUAAGGUUGAUGAAUAGCUUCAAUUUCUUUGACUACUGUACUUGAAUUUAGAUUGAGUAGUAAGUAGUUUUAAAAUCUCAUUUUAAAAUACUUAGUUGGGUUAUGCAUCAUAUUUCCCUGUUGACAAUCACUCCGGGAACUUCUGAGCUUUUAAUUUCCUCUGGAUAAGUUACCCGAAUAUAUGUGUUUAAAUUGAAGAAUACAAAGUUUCCAGGUUUGCUAGUGUCCAGGGAUUCUGUGGGACGAGGCUCACCUGCUGCCAGGGUCCCCUUGCAGAGCUCAGGGCCUUUAUGAUCCAGGAACCACCAGGGGUCCCAGAAGCUUGGGUUUAUGUGGGCUAUAUCUGUCAGCAUUUAUAGCAUUUAAAAUUAAAACUAAGACAUUUAAAAUAAAUAUAUUCAAUCAAAAAUAAAGAUAUAAAUCAUUUGCAACACCAA